AUCCAAAGUAAAUUCCCCUGGGGUGCCGGCGACGGCUAUGUUCCAUCAUGCUUAGUCAGCUCGGUUGGCUGACGACGAUAUGAUUGACUACACUAUCGUAACCCAUUACCGACACCCCCUCAAUUAUAUUCAAGGGUGAAAAUAAGGGCCCCGGAGAGUUCAAUUGCGCCCCAGUGAAAUGCACAAAAAGUGUCCCUGAGAGUCCGGAAUCGUAAUGUGCUGGUGCCGCAUCUCCAAAGCCUUGAUUACCGUUGUAGACCACCGUAUACCAUACCGUACCUCGGUGCCAAGACUUCGGGGAAUAGCGUUUGAUCUCCAGUGUUUACUCGAGUAUGAUACCGUCGUAUGAUAUCGCACAGCACAGGACCCACCGCAGCCUGCAACUCUGCUUACAGUAAACCCGUUGCACACCUUGUCCCACAAUUCCUUUAUCCGGAGCCAAGCUUCAAGCCUGCAACGCGAAAGAAAGAACCCCUCCACAAAAAAGCACGCGAGCCAGAAAACAAAAUUCUCCAUCUUCCCACCAGCACCAAUGUUGGUGGACCAGAGCCAAGAAUCAAUCUAGCAUCACUGAAACCCUGCUGGAUCCACUACGAGUACGGUACUCGGGUACCAUAUCGUCGCCUUUCCCUCCUUCAACGGCUUCAGGGAGAAACCCUGUUGCGGGAUAGUUAUCCGGAAGUGGCUAGGCACGUGCCACACCGUGGUGGCUAGCCAAUUAGGCUGUCACAAGCAAGGGAGCGUUUCUUGAUUUCUGCGAGGCCCGAAUGCUCAAGCGUGAUUGAACGAGGCUUGUUUUUCUUUUUUUCAAGCUGUUUGGAGGGCGGAUCGGGUCAGGUGCGGUAGUACUGCGUGCGUGUGUAUGAUGUAAACCUUUCGACUCCUCCCUUCGCUCGCACUGGAGGUACUCGUAGCAUACGCGUGUGGUUAUCGUCGAGGGGAGGAGGGAGGGAGGAGGAGGGGAAUGAUACUCGGUAUAAGAAUGAGGGGACGGCGUUCUCUCCAACUAUCAUACCACAUCCAACCCGCCGAACAUAACUUGACCCUUUUUUACAUUUCCGAAUCACCAAUCAAAGAAGAAAAUAAGAAGAAAAGCAGCAAUGGCAGGAGGCAUGUUAAAGAGCUGCACCUGGCUAAUACGCCUAAUGCAACUCAUCUUCGCCAUAAUCCUCGUGGGAGCCAUCUCCUACAUGAUUGACCAGUACCGCCACUAUGGCUGGAACGUUCCAAAGGAUCUCAUAGUUCCCGAAGUCUUUGUACGCCCCCCCCCUCCCCUCCCCCCCAUCCCUUACUAACAUGAUCCCUCCCAGUCGGUCCUAGCCAUAAUAAUAUCCGGCCUCUCGAUGAUCUCCAUCUUCUUCCUCGGCUACUCCCUACAACUCGUAGCGGCGCUCCUGGACGUUGCCAUGUUCGCGGGGUACCUUGCCAGCUCCAUCCUGCUAAGAGACAACUACUUCCGCCGCAGCUGGAUGAACCCGCUCUGGAAUGAGCUUGUCUGGAUGAGAGCCACUAACCAAGAUUCCCGGCACGAACGCAGGAACACUGGGCUUGUGAAAUUGUUGGUUGCGUUCGUUGUUAUUCAAGUGUGAGUUAGUUCCUUUUCUGCAUUGUCCUUGCGAGGGAGUGGAUGCUAAUGGGUGUUAUAUAUCGGUGGUGGGUAGGGUUUUGUUCUUCACUACGACAAUCCUGAGUAUUUUGGUGGCGAGAAAGAUGGAAAAGGAGAAGAGGCUGGAUGAGAGGAAGCGGGGGGAGCAUGUUAACGUUUGAGGGGGGGGAUGAUGUACCGAUGAAGGUGAUUUCUGAUAACGAACGGAUGGCGAUGGGUAUAUGGCAUGGAUCGGAUUGAAUUGGAUUGGAAUCGGAAUUCGGUCGUUUACCCUAGUUGGUUGUUGAUUUGUUGAUACCGGCUAUGCAGUAACGAUUCAUGCAGUAUUAUAAACUAUCGCUUGUGAUACGACGGUUUCGCUCUUCAUUCAUUCUGUCUGCCUGAUCUUGAUGCUGGAGGUGGGGCAGAUCUCCGAUGCCUUGGUGAAGAGUGCAGCGGGGCAGAGCAUGGCGAGGCAUGGAUAAGUUAGGCCUGGUCCUUUGACUUGUGACGACGACACCGGAAGAGGAAGCCUGUCCAUCGUUCAGCGGAAAUUACACCUUCCACCGCUAGCUCUGGAGGCCGGAGGGCAACCUCCCCUCACCGACUAUCAAUCACUUGUAUCAUCCGCCGGGCAUGUGAGCAGCCCAGAAAAUACCCCCAACAUACAUCACCUCCGAGUCUGGUAUAGCACAGUAAAGUGCAACGCAGUACAGCUAACCCCCACUAAAGACCGCCCGAGACGAGUUCAAAGCCGUUACCGAUAUAAUCAAGCAUCACGCCGCGUACAAACUCUCAAAACAAUUCAAGAAAGAAAUUGAUUAAUUGAAGCACAUCUUCCCCCCCCCCACCGUAGUGUUGGAGGAGGUUACUGGAGGGUAUCCUCAUGAUCGUUAGGGCAUUAGGGUUUGGUCCAAGCAUAGCUUGGCAGUCAUGUAUUUCCCAUCUUUACAUAGCUUCUUUCGUAUCAUAGCCAUCAUAGUAAAGAUGGAUCAUCUCUCUCCACACACACCUCCAUCCCUACGCGUAGCCAGCCGGAGGAAAACACAGCAGAACCUUAUUCCCCUAGAAGCAUGCCGGGAUCGAGGUAUGUACUCUACAGUGCCGCAUCCGGAACCCGAGUCCAAAGCAAUUUCAUGUAUGCAGGCCGGCACGGCAUUGUGCAUACCGGACGGGAAAGCAUGGGGGCUUUCUUUCUCUUUAUCCUCGAGCGCUCUACGGUAUUCAAGUAAAUUAUAUUGAUGGGCACGGUACAGUACUAUAUACUAGUACAAUGGACCAUCCAUCACACACAGUCCUGACUGACCGUGCCGUACUUCCAGUAUUUG